AGCUGCGUAGUGAAAACAGUUUUAUGCACGUGUUUACGUUGAAUUCUUAAAAAUUUCUUAAAAUUUACUGCCGAAUGCAGGAAAAGCAAUAAGUUUUUUAAGUUCUAAAAGAGGAAUUCGAUUACGAUUCUUUUCUGAGUUCGAUAUGCUAUAUUCCAAAGCUGCAGACGAUAGUUUUACCCGGAAGAAAAGAAAUUGCCGAACAAUGUUUACUUUUUCGAACCGAGAAUUUGCAUAGAGUGACAUUAUUGGACGUAAUAUUUAUCGUCUUAAAUUCAUUGCAGCAUCGAAUGAAAUUCGCACCCGAAACAAAUGGUUCGAUCGAUUUUCUCCAGGCGUUUGUUUUCGUUUACAGUUUUAUUGCUCUUAUGCCCGAUCCACGCAAAUGAUGAUACUAAGAGACUCUAUGAUGAUCUCAUUAAUGGUUAUAAUUCCCUCAUACGACCUGUUGGCAAUAACUCAGACAGGUUAACAGUUAAAAUGGGUCUCCGGCUUUCACAGCUUAUUGACGUAAAUCUCAAAAAUCAAAUUAUGACGACAAAUGUUUGGGUAGAACAGGAAUGGAAUGAUUAUAAAAUGAGGUGGGAUCCAGAUGAUUAUGGCGGUGUAACGAAACUACAUGUACCAGCUGAAUUAAUAUGGCUGCCAGACAUCGUACUCUACAACAAUGCAGAUGGAAACUACGAAGUGACAAUUAUGACCAAAGCGAUUCUCCACUCUGACGGGAUGGUAUAUUGGAAGCCUCCAGCCAUCUACAAGAGCUCUUGCCUCAUGGACGUCGAAUAUUUCCCAUUCGACGAGCAAACAUGCUUUAUGAAGUUUGGAUCCUGGACAUACGACGGAUACACGGUAGAUUUGAAGCACAAGCAUCAGCGAGAAGAAGAACCAGAAAUACCAAUAGGUAUCGAUCUUAGCGAAUUUUACCUCAGCGUAGAAUGGGAUAUAAUGGCAGUCCCGGCCAGAAGAAAAGAACGUUUUUAUAGCUGCUGCGAAGAACCCUACCCAGAUAUCACAUACAACAUUACCAUACGAAGAAAAACACUGUUUUAUACAGUAAAUCUAAUAAUACCUUGCGUUGCCAUAUCUUUUCUAUCUAUCCUGGUAUUCUAUUUGCCAUCUGAUAGCGGAGAAAAAGUAUCUUUGUCAAUUUCAAUCAUGCUAUCUCUGGGAGUAUUCUUCCUUCUUCUAUCAGAGAUAAUCCCACCUACUUCUCUGACUGUACCGUUGUUGGGAAAGUACCUCUUGUUCACCAUGAUCCUGGUGUCGUUCUCAGUUAUAGUGACCAUUGCGGUACUUAAUGUUAACUUCCGGUCCCCAGCAACUCACAAAAUGGCGCCUUGGGUGCGGAAAGUCUUCCUCGAAAUUCUGCCUAAAUUUCUUCUGAUGAAAAGACCGGAAGAUCCACAGGAAUCGUCGGACACCUCCGGCACGAAGCCAACUAUCUUGAGCCAGUUUAAUAACGUGGACAUCAGCGAUACCGUUCCAGGUGCCAUUUUGGACAGAGAAAGAAUCGUUGCGAGUGAAAUAGAAUGUUCCUAUAUUGAUAGUCACGAUUCCAAUCUUCAGUUGGCUGAGAGGCAGGAGGAUGAAGAAAUGGAAAGGGCUGUCCUAAAUGUUCGAUUUAUAUCGCAACACAUGGAGAAUUUGGAUUCCUACUCAGAGAUAGAAGGUGAUUGGCAAUACGUGGCAAUGGUUCUAGACAGGCUUUUCCUUUGGAUAUUUUCAAUAGCGUGCAUAGUAGGGACAGGCUGCAUAAUUCUUAGAGCACCAGCUCUUUAUGACGACAAAAUGCCGAUAGACGUCCUAUUUUCCAGAGUAACACCAAGACUGAGACAUGUGGACUAAAUAUUGCAUACAUUAGUACAAAAUGAAUUUAGCAUCUAUUAAGCAACAAAAUCAAUUAUUUUCAGACAAUGUAAUAUAUACAAAUGCAAAUGUAAUAGUUAUAAUUUGCAUUUAUGUGUUAUGUAGUUAUGAGAUAAUUUUAAAAGUCAUAGUUGUAGUUGGCAGAUACUUUUUAAAAACAAAUAUUGCAAAAAAGUUGAAUUAAAUAUAUCUUCAGUAGCUUUUAAGUAGAAUCGUAUGGUUAAUUUUUUUUUAACUCUGCCCUUAACUUAUACAGCGCAAGAAGUCUCGUCUUCGUUUCAGAAAUAUGUUUGAAAUAUUGUAAAGCAUAAAAGCAUUUUUGUAUAUCAAAAACAUUGAAUAUUCUUUUUUCUAAAUUUAUAAAUGAAAAAGAAAUGCUUAUACUUUCAGCGUACAUGCAUACUUACAACGAUUAAAACAAUCGUAAACAUUAAUGUAUCUCUAAGAAAUCAUAAUCUAAUUGUAAACUUAUUGAUUGAAAAUCAAUAUUAUAAAAUGAUAAAAAAAAAUUUCCAAGCGAAACUUUAAUGACAUAUUUCUAAAUGAUUUUCAUAAACAAACUACUUUAAAAACUUGGUAUCAACUUCAAUUCAAACUAUACAGUGCUGAACUUAAUAAUUGCUUCUACGAGUCUCAGCGGCAACCAAAUUUUGAUUGAAUUAUUAUUAAUGUAGAUAAAUGCACCUCAAAUUUUAAAACAAAUGAAAUUUGAAAAAAAUAACCAGAACAAUAUUUUAAAAAAAAUUAGCAAUUAAUAAAGUUAGGUUAGACAAAAAAGGCAAAUCAAAUGUACACUCAGAAAUAAAACUCUUACUUUUGACGACUCAACAAUCCUUGAUCAGUAUUUCGUUAAUUUUGGGAAUCAUUUCGUCACGAAAUCACCGGAUUUGUGACGAAACGUGAACUCUCAGUUGUAUGACAAAAUGUUUCCUCUAUUCGAAACCUCUUCAUACUGCAAUAUGGGAAAUUUCUAGCUACAAUGACGAAACUAGAAAAACGACUGGACAAUCGAAAGUAAACUGACGGAUUACGCUACAAGGUUUAUAUGGUAGGCAAGAAGUUGAGAUUGUACCAGUAAGAUCCAGAGUUCGAAUCCCUCUUCGGGCAUGAAUGUAAUUUAUCUGUCUGUUCUUGUUGUAUCGUGCCAUUUACGUGGUGCUUACGUUAAAGCGAUUAUUAAAAGAGGUAGAUACAUUAGGCACUAGAAGUUUAUCUUUAUUUGGAAAAAAAAGAAUGACGAAAUAUUUCUUCAAUUUUUACGAAAUUUGUUUCCUCGAAGAAGUAACGAUAGUUAUUUAGUCACUUUGACGAAAUUUUUACUCGGAGACUGUUUAUCAGGAAACAGCUUCGUCAAAAACGAUGGAAAUUUCGUGAUAAUCGAGUGUCCAUUUUUUUACAGUGUAAGCAUGUAAUAUAAUUGUGUCAGUGAAAUUAGAAAGUCUGUGCAAUGAUUAUGUCUUCAAAAUAAGUGUUUAAGCGAAAUGAGCUGUCGGUGAAACGAUCAUAUUGGCAAAAUGAGCUGUAAGCGAAAUGAUCGUACCUGCUAAAUGAGCUGCCAAAGUAGUGAUUGCGUCAGCGAUGUGAGGUGCCCACAAAUUGAUCGCGUAGGCUACAUGAUCUCUCAAAUCAGACGCAUGUUGUCUAAAGGGAUCGUCGGCAAAUGAGCUGCAGAGGCGAUUUGUAGGGCUGUAAUGUAAUAUAGUCGAAAGUUGUAGGCAAAAUUAAAUGUUUUUAGAAAAUACCAGAGAUAUUAUGAAAAAAUCACACUUUAUUUAAUAAAACAAUGCCAAUAUUUCUGAAACAAUGAUGGGAUUUUUUGUUACAUGUUAAAUAUAUCAAAAGUAAAAGUAUUGAGUGAAAGCAUGAGCUGCUAUACACUGUUGGUUUUAAAACUAACAAAUUUUAUUUAUUACAAUAUUUGUUGCUGUCCGAAUAAUUAUAUAAACAAAACAUGACUUAACAAAACAUGAUUAUUAAUAAUUUAGCCAUUGAUAAUGUAUAUCAUUUUCGCAUUUAGCUUAUUGAAUUUUUAGUAUAUAUCUAGAAUAAUAAUGGUCGGACCAAGUAUAUAGCAGUAAUCUUUAACCUUCAGCAUUUAUUAGAAUCUAGUAAUGUGUUUUUUCAAACAUGGUUUUUUCUUGUGCUAAUAUGAUGUUUCAUCAAAUGUGGCAGAUAUAUUGUAAGUAAAUGUCGUGCACUAUUUAAUAUGUACAACUUCCAAUGAAAAUUAUGAAAAAGACUUUUUCAUUUCACAAAAAUUCUAUUCUGCUUUUGUUAUACAUAGUUCGAGACUAUUCAGAUAGUAUAAAAUUCAAAAUUAAUUGUAAUUUUAGAGACCACGACGGAAUUUUUAAUCUGGAUUACCAUCUAUUUACUCAAAAGAUUCCUAGUACUUAUAAUUUUGAUUUGCUUACCUAAUUGUUAAAAUGUGCAAAGCAAAUUAUCAGAUCCAAAUUUAUCUUAAAUUUGAGUUAUGGUUUGAUUUAAUAUCGGAUGAUUUUUUUGCUUAUUUAUAAUUAAAACAAUCUUACAUUUAUGUGAAUUUUCACAAAUUCUUAGCUCCCUGAGUUUUAUAAACUCGUUUAUAUAUUUUUUUCUCAAUUCGGCAGUGAUUUGCGUAAUUUCAAGGAUUUUAGAAGCAUUUUCAAGAAAAAAGUAAGUAAAUGUAUGCAUAAGACUAUAAACUGAGGGCUUUUUUCACGUUUAUUAAGCACAUUUUUAAAUUUUGAUUUGAUUUUACUUUCAAAAAUUUUGCUAAAAUUGUCGAUGGCUAUUUACGAAUUCCUGAAGAGUAAAAAGAAAAAGCGAACACCUUAAUAACUUUUGAUCUAGUUAUUAGAUUUUCAUGUAAUGUGAGGAAUUCUUAAUUAUUUAAGCACUAACCUUAAAUAUAAUUCAAAAAUAUAUUUGUGCAAAAAACAAUUUAAGUUACGAAAUCAGACACGAAAGCGUAGUUUUACUAAAUAAUCAUAACGUUUUACAAUGGAUUUGGAAAUUUGUCCCAUAAAAUGUCGGAACGGUAUUUUACAGCUAGGUUGCUGUCCUCAUAAAGUCCAAAAAAAAGGUUUGUUUAUUGAAAGAAAGUAAGCAUUCGUCUCUGAUUUCUUAACUAAAAAACGUGACAAAAAUUGUA